AUGGAUGAAUGGAAGGAGGCACUCGACAACGAAGACAACGAAGAACUUCGAGAUCUCUUCGAAUUUGACCAAAGACCCAUGAGGAUCUUGGCCAAAAAGCUGCCGAAAAAGCUGAUGACAGGCCGGAAGAAGAACCAUUUUCCAAGCUGA